AUGGCGUCAACCAUAAUUCCUGAGUUUGCUGCUAGGGUAUCAUGGAAAACCAAUCUGUCAAACAUUGCCACCAAGUUUGCUACAAUGGAUAUAAUGGAAAGGGAUAGGAUUGAGGAGGAAUAUGUGGAGAAGGUGGAGGAUCUGGUGAAGGUAAAUAAGAAGAAGAAGAAGAAGAUUGAGGAGGAAGAUGUAGAGAUUGUGCAUGUGUUGAUGGAGAUUGAGGAAGACAAUGAGAAGGAUGAGAAAGACAAAGAGAAGAUUGAGGAAGACAAGGAGAAGGAUGUGAUUGAGGAAGACAAGAAGGAUGCUGUGUUUGUGGAGAAGAAUGAGGAAGACAAGGAGGAUGAUCUGUUUGUGAAGAAGGAUGAGGAGGUGAAUGAGAAGAUUGAUGAGGAAAACAAUGAUAAUAUUGAGGAAGACAAUGAGAAGAUUUAG